UACGUAUUCACCGUGAGUUUGUCAACAAUACAAAAAAUUAAUAACAGAGAAAAAAAACUGACAAAUUCAUUAAACGACAGUUCAGAGCAUUUACAUUUGUUUCGUUUAGUGAAUCUCAAAUCAAGUUAACGUCAUGAAGUCUGCUCUGGUGAUCGCAAUCGCAAUUCUGGGAGCUGCCAUCCUGGUCAGUGCCUUUGAUGAGAAGGAAGCCAUGGUCAAGUUUAUGGAAUUCGCUGAAGCCUGUGUGGGAGAAGUUGGUGCCAAGGAUAGCGAUUUGCAGGAGAUUGUGAAGAAGCAACCGGCUUCAACUUAUGAGGGCAAAUGCCUGCGUGCCUGUGUAAUGAAAAAAGUGGGUGUCCUAGGUGCAAAUGGCAAAUUGGACGUUGAGGCUGGUCAUGCCAAGGCCAAGCAAUACACUGGCAAUGAUCCCAGCAAAAUUAAGAUCGCCAUGGAAAUUGGUGAAACUUGUGCGGCCAUCAGUGUCUCCGAUGAUCAUUGCGAGGCGGCCGAGACUUAUGGCCAUUGCUUCAAAACUGAGGCCGAAAAACAUGGCUUGAUGUAAAUUGAUGAGGACCUUAGAUGUGGAUGUGGAUAUCGACUCAGAACUGGCCAAUGAAUUGUACUUACAAAAAAUAUUUCGUUCUAUUGUUAAAUUGUAAAUUAAAGCAAAUUGAAAAGUUUAUAUGCCGUUUUGGAUAA